AGUCACGAGCGCCGCUCCGUGUCGUGUGGUUGUGUCAGGAGAUCGUGUCUGGGGUAUAUAUUGCCCCACGCGAGUAUUCGUGCAACUUUUUUUGGACAAGUUAUAACACCUAAAAUGGCAAGUAAGCGUCUUUCUAACUACCAGAUUCUUGAGUGUAUAUUAGAAGACGACGAAGAAAGCAUCAUAGAUAGUCCCGAUGAAGAUGAGGGAGACGAUGAAGUGAUCCAGAGUGACCACAACUCAGAAUCUGAAGAAAGUGCCAAUGAAACCGAGUUAGAAUGGAGUGAUGACGAUAAUGAACCGCUGAGUAGACACGCAAGUAAAGAUUCUGAUAGCUUUUAUUUAUCAAAAAAGAAAUGCACAAAGUGGGCAAAAGAGCCGCCGCGUACUAGCGUUCGAGUUCGUAGACACAAUAUUAUGAGGGAAACACCAGGACCUAAGGGAGCAGCCAAGGAGAUACAUACAAUGUCAGAAGCAUUCUUUUGUAUGUUUUCAAUGGAUACUGUCAAUUUAGUACUGCAACAGACCAACGAUUACAUAAAAUCGAUACAAGGAAAAUUUCAACGCGAACGUGAUUGCAAAUUCCUAGAAUACGAAGAACUUUUGGCUUACCUAGGUUUGCUUUACAUGUCUGGUGUGCUGCGUUCAUCUCACUUGAACUUCAAAGAUCUGUGGGCUACCGAUGGAACAGGCAUCGAGUUUUUUCAAAACACAAUGUCAUUCAACAGAUUUCUUUUUAUAUCAAGAUGUGUUCGUUUUGAUGACAAAAAUACUAGAUCUGAAAGGCAAAAGACAGACAAACUAGCAGCAGUCAGAGAGUUCACUGAUUUGAUGAAUAAUAAUUUCAUCAAUAAUUACUCUGCAUCUGAAAAUGUCACCCUAGAUGAACAAUUACCUGCCUUUCGAGGAAGAUUUUCUGGUGUUGUUUAUAUGCCCAACAAACCCACGAAGUACGGCAUAAAGCAUUAUGCACUCGUAGACUCGGCAACAUUUUAUUUACUGAAAUUUGAAAUUUAUGCUGGAGUACAACCUGAGGGUCCAUAUCGAAUGCCUAAUGAUACAGUAAGUUUGGUAAAGCGCAUGACAGAACCCAUCUGGGGUACUGGUCGAAACGUUACGAUGGACAACUGGUUCACUAGCGUCCCUCUUACAAAUACGCUUCUAAAAGAUCACCAGCUUACUAUGGUUGGAACUAUUCGCAAGAAUAAGCCGGAAAUUCCAACUUGCUUCCAGCCCAAACGAACACGAGCUGAGCAUUCCAGUCUGUUUGGUUUCCAAGAAGACGUAACACUUUGCUCUUACGUUCCAAAAAAAUCUAAAGCUGUACUGCUGAUUUCGUCAAUGCAUCAUGACAAUAAAAUAGUUGAAAGUGAAAAGAAGAAACCGGAAAUUAUUUUGUACUACAAUCGCACGAAAGGUGGCGUAGAUACCAACGACCAAAUGUGUGCUAACUAUAACGUCGGCAGACGUACAAAGAGAUGGCCUAUGGUUAUAUUUUAUCACCUUCUCAACGUUGCUGGUAUCAAUGCAUAUGUCAUUUAUAAAAAUAAAAUUGACCACGGAAUAUCAAGAAGGGAGUUUUUGAAGCAUCUUGCAGUUGAUUUGGUAAAGGCUCGCCAACAAACUCGAGCAACUAUACCACAACUGCCUAGGGCCGUACAAAAACGGCUAAAAAGAAAUGCUCAAGUUCAGGAUCCUAGCCCCACUUCCAGAGGUGGUCCAUCGACAACUUAUAAAAGGUGCCAUAUCUGUCCAAGGUCGAAGGAUAAAAAAAUAAGAUUUAUGUGUGCCAAAUGCCACCAGCAAGUUUGUCACGACCAUUCCACUAUGAUAUGUGAUAAAUGUAUUGAUUAAAAAGUUCCUAAAUUUAAAGUUUCAUAUCUUUAAAAGUUUUUAAGGAUACUAUUACAAUUUAGAACAAUGUUGCCUCUUUCAAAUUUUUAUAAUAAAAAAAAAGUAUGUCAUUAAAAAUAUGUCAUU